CUCGUUUCCCUCGCCUUCUAUCCAGUCCACAUCCAGAUAAAUAAAGCCACAGCCAGUUUAUCUCCUCCCCUUCGUCAAGGCUACGUACAAAAGUUUAGCUAACAGUGCCGGCCGGUCUGUCUGGUCAGGAGUCGUCGCCUGCGCGCUCCCGCCGCUAUCUGUUCCAACAAGCCCCAAGGGAGCUGGGCUGAGCGAGCAAGGCAUGGAGGCCGGCGCCGGAGGGGCCAACUGCGCGGGCCUCGUCGCCGUCGCGGCGGUGUCGGCCGCCGUCACGCUCGCCACCGUGCGCAUCUACCGCGGCCUCGAGUCCGACUUCAGGAGGAAGAUCCAGCUCCAGCGGCACGGUACGUACGUCAACGGCCAUGCGCUUGCAUGCAUGCAUGCCGCGCGCGCGCUCUCUUGCGUUGAUCUGACAUGCAUGAACGGGGUUCUGCUCGGCUGGUUGGUUGAUUCAGGGCGCGAGACGGCGGGCGGCGCGAGGCCGGCGGCGACGGGGAGGAAGAAGAAGGUGCGGUUCGCGGACGACGUGGUGGAGCCGUCCUCCAACAACGACGAGUACCGGAGAAGAAGGCGGCGGUUGGGCGCUGGCCAGACGUCGUAGCUGGCCGGCCGGCCGGGUCACGCUCCACCUGCUUAGCUUUUGUUUUUGUUUUGCGUGCUUGGUCUGAACAAGGUCAAUGUUGGUAGAUUUUGAGUGCUCGUGAAAGGUGUACAUAUGUUUUCUAUCUACGAGCCAAAUGAAUGAAUAAUACGGACGGAGGCGCUACGGCUUCUUUUCUACGGAUU